AUGCACCAAUCGGUGAUCCCAGCACUGUACUGUGUCACCGUUGAUCACAAACACUCAAGCGAGUUCCAGAUGUUUGUUCUGAGAACAGAUGGUGAAGAAGAUGCGGCAUGGUUUAAUAAACCCAAUCUCAGACCAAACAGAUGCAAUGCUGCCCAACUCGUCCGCUUUUCUUUGCUCACCUCACACCGACAUAUUCCCGACGAGACAGAAAUUGUCGUCAGGAGAAAGCUUGAGCAAAUUACUGUCACUCGAGACCGUCAGAGGUUGGAGAAGAUCACUCGGACAGUUUCGCAAGCAAGCGGCCGGCCUUCCAUGCCAAAUGGAGAAUAUCCUUCAUCGACUGAACGUAACACAACCACUGACGAUGGCAAGGCAUCUCAGGGCCCGAUUCUUUUCUCACUCAAUGAACCGGAUUUGGGUUUCCCAAUGACCUACACUACAUCUAGCCCUCUUGUUACGCUCUCAUAUCAAAUCAAAUUCCCCUUCCCUUCUCUUACCGAUGAAGCAGCGGGGCUCCUCCGCCGCGUCAACGUUUUCACCGACAGCUCAGGCAACUACUGGAUGAACCGCGUUGACUGA